AUGUGACAGGCAAUUAGGAUCAUUCAUGCUGUCCUGGAAAAGUACGGUACCUAUGAGAGUUUUGAAGUUGCCACUGGAGGAAGAUUGCUGAGCAAAUGCCAAAUCUGGUCUGUUAUCCGAAAGUACAUGCAGAAGGAAGGCUGCGUGGGAGAGGUGGUGGUGCAGCUCACCGACGACCUCCUGUCGCAGGCUGUGAUGAUGGUGGAGGACAGCCGGCCAACCCUGGCCAUCAACCUGUCCGGAGCGCGGCAGUACUGGCUGGAGGGCAUGCUGCGCCACGAGAUAGGUACCCACUAUAUCCGGGGGGUUAACAACACCCACCAGCCCUGGCACAGCUCCGAGGGCCGUAAGCAGUACAGCCUGAAGCCUGCCAACCCCACUGAGGAGGGGCUGGCGAGCCUGCACAGCGUCCUCUUCCGCAAGCAGCCCUUCCUGUGGCGAGCAGCCCUGCUCUACUACACCAUCCACCAGGCCAGCCGCCUCUCCUUCUCUGCCCUCUUCCAGGACCUGGAGCAGUACGUCCAGGACGCUGGGGUCCGGUGGGAGUACUGCGUGCGGGCAAAGAGAGGCCAGACAGACACGUCUCAGCCAGGUUGUUUCAGUAAGGAUCAAGUUUACCUGGAUGGGAUUCUCCGGAUCCUGAGACAUCGUCAGACCAUCGAUUUUCCAUUGCUGGCCGCACUCGGAAAGGUCUCCUAUGAAGAUGUGAAUCGCCUGAAGAAAUUUGGGGUCUUGGAGAAGACCCGCAUCCCCCAUUUCAUGCAGGACCUGGAGCAGUACAUGAAGCAGCUCGACCACAUUGUCACCACCAACAGGCUGAAUGAGAAGGAGCUGGAGCAGCUGCUGCCGGACUGAGCGGCUCUUGGCUCUCAGCCCUGGGACUCUGC